UAUUUUUAGACAAAAUUUUGUUGAAAUUUAAACAAUAAUAAAAUAUAUUCAAUUAUUAUUUCCAAAACAAAGUGAUUUUCUUCUAAUUUAAAAAGUGAUGGAUACGCGCCAAUUAAACAUCUUGCAUUCGAAGGACUGUACAAUAUAACCUCAUUAUUUUAAUUCUAACAUAUAUACGUUUUUUAAAAUUUCGAGAAUGCCAGAGCAAAGCAACGAUUACCGUGUCGUGGUUUUUGGGGCCGGAGGCGUGGGGAAAAGUUCGCUCGUUUUGAGAUUCGUUAAAGGAACCUUUAGAGAGAGUUACAUACCGACCAUCGAAGACACAUAUCGACAAGUUAUCAGCUGCAACAAAAAUAUAUGCACUCUCCAAAUCACCGAUACCACCGGCUCGCACCAAUUCCCCGCCAUGCAAAGGUUGUCCAUAAGCAAGGGCCACGCUUUCAUUCUGGUAUACUCAGUGUGCAGUAGACAGAGUCUGGAGGAGCUCCGGCCCAUCUUUGAAGUCAUCAGGGAACUGAAGGGGCCCGAUUUGAGUCAAAUUCCCAUCAUGUUGACUGGAAAUAAAUGUGAUGAGAGUGCUGAGCUGCGUGAGGUUAGUACUUCAGAGGGCCAAGCCCAAGCCGCCGAGUGGGGUGUGAGCUUCAUGGAAACCUCCGCGAAAACCAACCACAACGUCAAACAGCUGUUCCAGGAGCUGUUGAACCUGGAAAAAUCCCGCAACGUGAGCCUCCAGGUGGGAGGUAAGACAAACAACCGGGUGGCUAAGGAUAAAUGUGAUUUAAUGUAAGGGGCACAGUACUGCGACUAUUCAGGUUUGUCAUCCGAGAAACUUGAAUCGUCAUUCGACAAUUUACCUGUGGCGCGUACGACAACGUUCCGGCUUCCAUAGUAGCUUCGAGUCCGGUCAUCGUUAUCCGUACGCGCCGCGUUAUCUUGUUUGAUCAAGCUUUAAGCGCCGGGCAAGUGGGAAGUCUAACCGUCGGUGUACCCUUGUUGACCGUUAUUAUCGAUGAAGUGCCCAUUUGCGGACAAUAUUACCUAAUCUGUGUUUUCGUCCUGUACAUAACCACACUUCCAUCACUUGCUCGGCUCCCGUUGUUUAGGAGUCGGCUGCGUUCCGUUGGCACCUUUCAUCACGCUGGGUUUUUAUAUUUGUGUACUUGGCGCACCUUUUUACUUUACCAUACCUCCCCCCCUGUCUUUCAGUACGAGAUUCCCCUGAGCGCGGCAGUCGGGUCCAUUUCUACCUUCAUUGUAUUGUUACGAAGGCAAUUUCAAUUACAUUAACCAUGUCACAAAUAGCAUAUCAGUAAUGGUAGUUUUCGACAUAGAGCUAGUUACUAACUUCAUAGUUUUAACGUUUAAGGCGGUUCUGUCGGGGCACCUCGCCGGUUUUAUACGUUGAUUGUUGUUGAUCGUUUCCGUUUCGACCAGUGGACCACCCUGUUAAGUGCAGAUUUUUUAUGGCGACGCGCCUCGACGGACGGACAUUUUUUGAAUCUUAGACCGGGUGCUACAGCAAGAAUUGUUCGUGUUAAUAAUAUAUUUGUUAUAUAAUUCAUGCUUAUAGUGUUCACUAUAUGAACUGCAAUUGUGAUCGAUUUAUAUUGGUAUUUAUGCAACGAAGUAUGUUAAAAAUAAAUAAUAAAGUAGCAAAAAAAAUGUACUCGGUAACUCUUUUGACUUCCGCUCUUUAGAAGCUACUCUUAAUCAGAUUUUUUGCGUAAGACCAUGAAGGUUCGCUUCUUCUUAGCCUCUGUUGGGGUAAAAGUUACAGGUUCUUACAACAAUUUGAGAAACAAUAACGAAAAUCUGUAACUCUUAUUUUUAGAACAAAAAAAAAAUUGUUAUUAUAUAGUGAACUUAUGGAUCCAAUUUGUAUACCUGUAGAUGAUUUACUGUUUACUCAGAUGGCCCUUUACGACGCCUCAUUUUUUAUUCCUCUACUUUUCCGCAACUUUUUAAGACUGACUAUACCGGUAGAAUGAACCAAUUAAUUAACGUAAGUAACCGCAUUCCAUUUGGUAGAUGUAGACGGAAUAGAAAAAGGAUAAAUUGUUUUUUUAUCUUUCAUUUAAUCGUGGAUAUACCGGGUGUCCCAUUUUAAUUGAUACAC